AUGGACUCGACCGCAGCCAAGAUCCAGGCUCUGGGCGAUCUCGAGUUGGCCGUCUUGCUCUGUUUAGUAGCCCAGCAACACUGUAUAAUAUCUACUCAGAACCUACUACUCGACACCCUCGCCCAGGAACUUCAGCUAGUCCCCACAACUACUCUUGAUGACUUCAAAGAGUCCAUUCUGGUCGAUGCUCCAGAUGCAUCCCAUGAUCAUCUUGCGUCUUCUACCCAUCUUUCGCUGCCCUCCUUCAAGCCUACCACCUCGAGGCACACCUUUUUCCGCAACCAGUCUGGCACGAGCAACGAACUCGAUGAGCGGAAAAUCGCCGACAUCAUCAUUGCAAAGGACCUAAAUAUGGCGAGCAGCAACGUUCAGACUCAAGCUCUAGAGAACGAUAUGUUUGCCAUCUCACAUCACCACACCGAGGAUGAUGGCUUUCCGAAUCUUGAAGAACAAGAAUUCAAGGAGCCACCACAAUCUGACGAUGCUGUCUCCAUCUCGUCGGUCGUCAAGCAUACUCUUUCCAAUGGGGAGGCUGUUUCUGAAUCGCCUUCAAUCACGCCCAACGAGAUCCAGGACUUGCGUACUGCCGUCAUUAGUGUUCGAGUGAGCGCCGAAGUGGCUGCAUACCUCCACAACGUUGUCAUAUUUAUGCGUCUGAACCGCUUCGUUGCAGGAGGCAUCUCUGCCUAUGCUACUCGACACUUCCGAGCCAUCGUCUAUGCUCUUGCACCCCUGCAUGGCCUCGAAUACGUUCCUCCUUCAUUGGUCGCGUUGGCGGCAAGAAAAGUCUAUGCCCAUCGUUUGAUCUUGGCAACUCCAAGCACCGAAAGGAGCAUGCAAUGGGGCAGCGACUUUCGUGCAGUUGAGCAAGUCUUGCAGGGUGUCACGGUUGAGGAUGCCAUUGAGUCAGUCCUCUCGAGUGUGGAAGCGCCACUCUGA